UCCACCCCUCCAGUCGCUGAGUGACAGCUCGGUCCCUCUCAGUCCCGUUAUCCGGUCAUGGAGUCGGUGCGUCCUCAGCGGCUGCAGCCGGGGGUCGGGGCCGGCUUGUCCGGCGGAACACUACGCUCCCUCAGGCCCGGAGUGACCGGUAGCUCCGCCUCCCAGGCCUCGGCUCCUCCUCCCCCGCUCGGCCUGGGGGUCCCGGGGGCGCUGGGGCUCGGCAGUCCGGGGAACCCGGCGGUGCUGCGGGAAGCGGUGGAGGCCGUGGUGCGGAGCUUCGCUAAACACACCCAGGGCUACGGGCGAGUUAACGUGGUGGAAGCGUUGCAGGAAUUCUGGCAGAUGAAGCAGACGCGGGGGGCGGACCUUAAAAAUGGAGCCCUGGUGGUUUACGAGAUGGUGCCGUCCAACAGUCCGCCGUACGUCUGCUACGUCACCCUGCCUGGGGGCAGCUGUUUCGGGAGCUUCCAGUUCUGUCCGACUAAAGCAGAGGCCAGGAGAAGUGCGGCGAAGAUCGCGCUAAUGAAUUCUGUGUUUAACGAGCACCCUUCCCGCAGGAUUACUGAUGAGUUCAUUGAGAAGAGUGUCUGCGAAGCCUUGGCGACGUUCAAUGGUAAUCGGGAGGAAGCGGAUAACCCCAAUACAGGGAUCGGAGCUUUCCGCUUUAUGCUGGAGUCCAACAAGGGGAAAUCCAUGCUCGAGUUUCAGGAGCUGAUGACCGUCUUCCAACUCCUGCACUGGAAUGGCAGCCUGAAGGCCAUGAGAGAGCGCCAAUGCUCCCGCCAGGAGGUACUGGCUCACUACUCCCACCGGGCGCUGGAUGACGACAUGAGGAACCAGAUGGCUAUGGACUGGGUCAAUCGGGAGCAGGACAAUCCAGCGACCCUCACCAGGGAGCUGGCAUCCACAGAGCGGCAGCUGGACGAGGCCCGGCUAGCUGGGAAGGAGCUGCGUUACCACAAGGAGAAGAAAGAUAUCCUGAUGCUCGCUGCCGGCCAGUUGGGGAACCUACACGCCUCCAACUGCUAGGCCAGGCCACGCACCCAGUAGCUGUGAUUGGCAACAAGACCUUACAGUGUACAGUGGAAACCUCACUGGCGCCAUCUAGUGUGCACAGAGUAGAACACAUGAGAAUGGUGACAAUCUCUGCAGUGUCUGCUCUCAUGUCUGGAAAGAUGUGAAAAAGACUUGUCAGGUGAAGGACUAUUUGUGUUACUAAAGAAGAGACCUUUGAGGUUUCCGAAACUGUACACUGUAAGUUCCUCCUCCACACAGCAUCACAUUCUGCGAGCGCAGGGAAGCGGGAGAAUACAGGUUGAACGCGAUGGGCAUUUUGCCUCUUUUCAACCUCAUUAACUAUGUUAACAUCAACAAUCAAGUUUCCAGGUUUACAGACGUCUUCAGGGCAGGGCCGGCAGUCAGACAGUUGGCGUGACCGGCCUUUCUCCUUGUUUUCGCAAUUCACCGUGCCUGACACUCCGAAUGCAUGUAACGAAACACGCUCAGAGGUAUCUCAUGUACACUACCACAGAUAUUACACCUUUGCACAUUGUCUUUGUACGAGCGCCCUGUACAGCUUUUUUUAAACACUAGCGCUCUGUAAGUCUUUUAUCUGUUUUUAUAUAUAUAUAUUCUAUAUUUUGAUAGCCACGGUAAAUCGCAUCCUGCAGUCUGACACUCCUGUCCCCCUGCAGGGCUGUCACAUUAUUGGAAGCGAUUUUCUUGUUUUUUUUUUACUUAACAGUUUUUAUAUUUUACAAAACGUAGCUUUCUAGGUCAAUGGUUGGGUUUGUUUUACAUCUAUACAUAGAGAUCUUGUGGUGCGUCAGAAUGUUUUGUAUUGUGGGCCGGGGACAUAGGGCGGAGGCAGACCGCAGUAAUAUAAAGGGGCAUUACGUUGGAAAAUGGCUUCCUGAGAGACAAGUUUCUUCUGGCUUAAUAAAACCAGGUUACUCCCUUGUGCGAGAGUUACACCAUUCAUCACGCCAAAAAGCUCCCCUCUGGCGGGUCUUCUCGCCCUUCUGCUCUAUUGUACAUUAUUGUUACUAUGGUACUUCUCCCUGCGGAAUAUAGGGGGGGUGGCAUUCCGCGGAGAUAACCGCAGAUAAUAAAGCUACAGUAUAUAUAAGGUGGCACAGAGUCCCUUACAGGCUAUCUGCAUUCGAGGAAGGUUGCAUAUCCUUCCCUAGAAAUAACCGUCGAACCGACUAUUAAGUAUGGGGGUAACCUCAUUUUAUUCAAAUAGAAGGGCAUUACAUAUAUUACUCCUGGAGGAAACUACUAACCCUGCAAGAAAAUGCCAACCGAGAGCAAAAUUCAGUGUAACAGGAAGAAAAUGUUCUUUAUUCAUAUAGAUAAUCGCCUCAUGAGCACAAGUCAAGACAUUGGCUACAGCCUGAAGCGUCGAUCUCAACCGACUAAUGAUUUUAAUCAGUCAGGACUCUAGAAUGGGUUUAACCCCAAAACAAAUCUCUUAAAGUGUGUACCUAUCACCUAGGCAGCCAUGUUGUGGGCGGAGUUAUUUUGGAGUGCACAUCAUAUCGGCUGUGACAUCACAUAGGUCCAGUGCAGACACUCCGCCAUUCUGUUGGAUGCUGUGUUAUGCGAAUACGAACUCUGUUCCCUAGUCAGCGACGUCAGGUGCCUGUAUAUAUGUUUAUCCCAAAGGGAGCCAUUCCUGUGCCUCCUCAAGGUAACUGGUCCAUGACUUGCUAUAGGCCUCCACGCAUUUUGAACGGUUUUCCCUUAAUUCCAGUAUAUAAAAGGAGGGCGGGGGAAAUACGGGGAUCUCCUAAGGGUGCGCUACCAGUCACUCAUGUCACAUGACGCGCGUCAGUGGGAAUAUUUUAUACAGAUGACAGAAGCAAUAUAUCAGUCCGCUGCAGGAAACAGUACGAUAUAUUCUUGUAUAAAUUACUUUUUUUUUGUAUAUAUCUUAUCGAUGCUUAUUACUACCUAACUAAGUCUCCACGACUGGUACUGGACCAAUAUACUGUGUUUUGUAUAAUGCUCCGCAGCGGUUUGUAUUGCAGUAUAUGCAAAUAAAAUGAUUUCUGACAA